AUGGCUUUUGAAGAUAAGUUAAUCGGGCCAGCCUUGAGGUUUAAUGCGUAUUUGGAUAAGUUUCCUAAGAUUUACAAUGUUUAUAUCAUUGCAAUGAUCUCCUGUAUUUCAGGCAUGAUGUUUGGGAUUGAUAUUUCUUCAAUGUCGGUCUUUGUUAGUGAUAACGAUUAUCUCCGUUUCUUUAAUUCGCCAAAUUCCGAGUUGCAGGGGUUUAUUACUGCUUCCAUGGCAUUGGGAUCAUUUUUUGGGGCAAUAUCUGCGUCAUUUGUCUCUGAACCUUUUGGUAGAAGACCUUCCUUAAUCAUAUGUGGCUUUUUUUGGGUGGUAGGAGCUGCAAUUCAGUCUUCUUCCCAAAACGUAGCCCAGUUGAUUAUUGGUAGAAUUAUUGGUGGAUAUGGAGUUGGAUUUGGAUCGUCCGUAGCACCUGUUUACGGCUCUGAAAUGGCACCAAGGAAAAUUAGAGGUUUGAUUGGAGGACUUUUUCAGUUCUCAGUAACUCUUGGUAUACUUAUUAUGUAUUUUGUUUCUUAUGGUUGCCACUUCAUAAAUGGUGUCGGAUCAUUUAGACUAGCUUGGGGUUUACAAAUGAUUCCUGGAUUAGUGAUUAUGACUGGAGUACUUUUUAUUCCAGAAUCUCCUAGAUGGUUAGCAAAACAAAAUCUUUGGGAUCAGGCUGAAAAGAUUGUCGCAGAAAUACAAGCAAAAGGUAACAGGGAAGACCCAGAUGUUAUGAUAGAAGUUUCCGAAAUCAAAGAACAAAUAUUUGCUUCUGAGAAACUAAGGUCUUUCACUUUUGCAGAUCUUUUUACUAAAAAUUAUAUCUCAAGAACUAUUGUAGCAGUCAGUGCUCAAAUAUGGCAACAGUUGGCAGGUCUGAAUGUUAUGAAUUAUUAUGUUGUUUAUAUUUUCGAAAUGGCUGGUUACACUGGUAACAACAAUUUAAUUGCAUCCUGUAUUCAGUAUUGUAUUAAAGUUGGCGUAACUGGAAUUGCUUUGUUAUUUAUGGAUAGAUUUGGUAGAAGGCCACUAUUAUUAUUUGGAGCAGCUGGGAUGAUGGUUUGGCAAUAUGCUGUGGCAGGUCUCUUUGCCACAUACUCUGAACCAUAUAAUGACUCUGGGAAUGAUACUGUUAGGAUGAAGAUACCUAUAGAAAGAAAACCAGUUGGAAAGGCAAUUAUCGCAUCGUGCUUUUUGUUUGUUGCCGCAUAUGCUCUGACAUGGGGUGUUACUAUUUGGGUAUAUUGUGCUGAAGUCUGGGGAGAUAAUGCAGCCAGACAACGAGGUGCUGCUGUGUCUACUUCUGCAAAUUGGAUUUUCAACUUUGCCCUCGCUAUGUAUACACCGUCUUCUUUUAAAAAUAUUACGUGGAAGACAUACAUCAUUUAUGCAACUUUUUGUGCUUGUAUGUUCAUUCAUGUCUUAUUUUUUUUCCCUGAAACUAAAGGCAAAAGAUUGGAAGAAAUUGGCCAAAUGUGGCAAGAUAAAGUCCCUGCUUGGAGAACUAGGCUGUGGCAACCAGAUGUUCCAUUCUUCUCAGAUAAGGAACUACAUUCAAAGAUGAACGUUGAGCAUGUUGAGGUAAAACGAAACUCUUACGACUCGCACGCUGAUCAAUCUUUGGAAGAUAUAUAA